GUCUAGUUUUUUCUACGUCAUUGGUUAUUACGGUAACCUCGAAUGCCUGGUUGUCCGUGUCACACCUCCAAUAUCAGACGACCCAGUGAAACAGUCAUUGCGCGGCAGACUAGACUUCUCCUUCCGAAGACAGAGAAUACAUAGGACGAACAGGGUGACUAGGAUUCAUCAUAAUAGAAGAACCCAAAAUGUUGCCUCAAGACUUGAAGCAGAUCAGAGUCCUGCUGCUCAAUGACAAAGAGAAUUUAGAGAGGACACUGUUCAGACUUGAUCAAGGGUUUGAGCUCCAGUUCCGUCUGGGUCCAAGUCUUCAGGGCAGGAUAGUUACAGUGCACACCAACUACCCGCUUGACGGACAGGCAUUCAAACGAAACACAUUUCGUGCUUUGACCUGGAACAACCCAACAGGACGGGAGGAUGACUCUGAUAAGUUUUGCUGUCUGGAUAUCAAGAUCGCUGGUUCUUAUCAGUACUUCUUCGGAUUCGGAGACACAGAGAAGUCAGGAGGGGGAUACAUUGUUAUCAACCCAAUUCUUCAUGUUGGAUCGGAGAACCGUCUCCUCCCGUUAGACUGCAUUACCAUUCAGACCUAUUUAUCCAAGUGUUUGGGUUACUUAGAUGACUGGCCAGCCAGAUUGCAAGUUGCAAAGGAAUCAGGGUACAACAUGAUUCACUUCACACCUUUGCAGACACUUGGAGAAUCCAGGUCAUGUUACUCCUUGGCAGACCAGCUAACCUUUAGCCCUGAGUUCAGCCCAGAUGGCCAAAACUAUAGCUGGGGAGAUGUCGGGGCACUAGUGGAGAGGUUGAAGGAAGAAUGGAACAUAUUGUGCAUUACUGAUGUGGUGUACAACCAUACUGCUGCAAACAGCAUGUGGAUCAGAGAUCAUCCGGAGUGUGGUUACAACCUGGUGAACUCUCCACAUCUUCGUCCAGCCUGGGUCUUGGACAGAGCUAUCUGGCAUUUAACCACUUGGAUAGUAGAUGGAAAGUACAAGGACAUAGGCCUCUCUGCUUAUCUCACCAAUGAAAAUCAUCUAAAUGUUAUCCGAAGUGUGCUGUGGCAGGAUGUGUACCCUCGAAUUAAACUAUGGGAAUUCUACCAGGUCAAAGUGGACAGUGCUGUGGAGCAGUUCAGAAAUCUCUUACGAAAUGGAGUGAAACCAGACCUUAGUAAGACUGGAGGAACAAAAGCCCUUAUCAUCCAGGACCCUGGUUGGCGACGUUAUGGAAACAGAGUGGACAUGAACUUUGCUCUUAAAACAUUUGUGCCUCACAGUUGUUCCCCUCAGGACAUCGAGCAGUGCUGCCAUUUGUUGCGACAGAAACUGAACCAGUUUAAUGAGGAACAACACAACAUUGUGCAUCAGCAUCAAGAACAGGGAGCCAACUGCAUUGUGGGGAAUGUAAUGUAUGAGCGUCUGGCUGACCAUGGACCGAAAUUAGGCCCCGUUAGCAAGAAGGACCCUCUUGUUACCAGGUAUUUCACCUUCCCAUUUCAAGGCAUGACACUGGAGCAGGAGUUGCAGAUGCUGGAUGAACCAGACAAGACAUGUCACUUCCAUGCUCACAAUGGUUGGGUGAUGGGGGAUGACCCACUGCGCAACUUUGCUGAGCCAGGGUCAAAUGUCUACAUUCGUCGGGAAUUGAUAUGCUGGGGUGAUAGUGUCAAACUUCGCUAUGGCAAGGGACCUGAAGACUGUCCUUAUCUGUGGGCUCACAUGAAGAAAUACACUGAAAUAACAGCCAAAUAUUUUCAUGGAGUCAGACUGGAUAACUGCCACUCUACACCAUUACAUGUAGCAGAGUUCAUGCUAGAUGUGGCUAGAGCAGUGUGCCCUAACCUGUAUGUGGUGGCUGAACUCUUCACUGGCAGUGAGGAACUGGAUAACAUCUUCGUUACAAAACUAGGAAUUACAUCACUGAUACGAGAGGCCAUGUCAGCGGGUGAUAGCCAUGAAGAGGGCAGAUUAGUCUAUCGUUAUGGUGGUGAACCAGUUGGAGCUUUUGUUCAGCCUAGUCUCCGCCCACUGGUGCCCUGCAUUGCCCAUGCCAUGUUCCUUGAUGUAACCCAUGACAACGAAUGUCCUAUACAGCUGCGUUCAGCAUUUGACUCUCUUCCGAGUUCUGCCUUGGUCUCAAUGGCCUGCUGUGCUACUGGCUCUACCCGAGGAUAUGAUGAAUUAGUACCCCAUCAGAUUUCUGUUGUUAAAGAGGAGCGUUUUUACCCUAAGUGGAACCCCUCUGCCUCCAUGACUUCCACAAGCGAGGUUGGACCCCAGACUGGCAUCAUUGCUGGGAAACUGGCACUCAAUAAGUUGCAUCAAGAACUUGCUGCUCAGGGUUUCAUACAGGUCUAUGUAGACCAGGUUGAUCCAGAUAUUGUUGCUAUUACUCGUCACUGUCCAAGCACUCAUCAGUCAGUGGUGGCAGUGUGUAGGACAUCUUUCAAGAAUCCUAAAACACAUGAGUAUACCACGAAUGUGCCACCAAUGUUUAUACCUGGAAAAAUUGAGGAGGUAGUGUUUGAGGCAAGGACAGUGGACAGACAUUCUGGAAGCUUCAGAAAGGAUGACAACUACAUCAAUGGCAUGCCUGAAUACUCAGUACAGAUAAAGGAGCAUAUUCCAUUACAGGAGAGCUCAUUGGUGAACCAAGGUGGUGUGACAUCGAAAGGUCGAUCAGAGUUUGUCCAGGAAAUCAGCUUCACGAGACUGACACCAGGAAGUGUCAUUGCCUUCAGGGUUAGUUUGGACCCUAAAGCCCAGAAGUUGGUUGGGGCACUUCGCUAUUUUCUGUCCCAAUUCAGCCUAAAAUACAAAAAAGGAAGUCUUCCAGAUGAAAACCCAGCAGAGGCUCUUAAGAUGCCAUUGGCACAGCUGAUGUCAAAGCUAACACUAGCAGACAUGAAUGUCCUGAUAUUUCGCUGCGAUUCAGAAGAACAAGAGGAAGGUGGAGGCUGUUAUAAUAUUCCAGGAUGGGGAACCUUCAAAUAUGCAGGCCUGCAAGGUGUAAUGUCAGUUUUGGCUGAUAUUCGUGCCAACAAUGACCUUGGGCAUCCGGUCUGUUCUAACCUCAGACAAGGAGACUGGUUAAUGGACUAUAUCGCCAAUAGACUGAUACAUAGAGAAGGACCUCUGGCACAGGUUGGACAAUGGCUGGAGGCAAUGUUUACUUAUCUGAAGCACAUCCCACGUUAUCUUAUCCCCUGUUACUUUGAUGCAAUCCUUGUAUCCACUUUCACCACAGCUCUGGAUGCAACUUACAAACUCAUGUCAAGUUUCAUUCAGAGUGGCUCUAGCUUUGUACGACACUUGGCUUUGGGUUCUCUUCAGAUGUGUGGUGUCGGACGCUACCCUGGUCUUCCUUCUCUUUCAGUCAAAAUUGCGAAUGUUCCAUAUUGCGUCAGCUCAAUAACUGGACAGAAGGAGCAGUGCUGCGUAACAGUGGCUGCAGGUCUUCCCCAUUUCUGUACUGGAAUUUUUCGUUGCUGGGGCAGAGAUACUUUUAUUGCUCUCAGAGGACUGAUGCUGUUGACUGGGAGACACACUGAAGCCCGAAACAUCAUCUUGGCAUUCGCAGGGACAUUACGUCAUGGUUUGAUCCCAAACCUGUUGGGAGAGGGUCGUUUCGCCAGAUACAAUUGCCGUGAUGCUGUAUGGUGGUGGCUGCAGUGCCUCCAGGAUUACGUCAGCCAUGUUCCCCAAGGGUGUUGUAUCCUCCAGUUUCCUGUCACACGCAUGUACCCAACUGAUGAUAGUGAGCCCUGUACACCAGGAGAAGUGGAGCAGCCUCUGUAUGAUGUGAUUCAAGAGAUUUUGCAACGCCACCUCGAUGGAAUUUCCUUCAGAGAGCGAGAUGCUGGACCCAAGAUAGACAUGAACAUGAGAGACGAAGGUUUCAAUGUGGCGAUUUAUGUGGAUCCUGCAACAGGCUUUGUCCAUGGAGGAAACCGUUUUAACUGUGGCACUUGGAUGGAUAAAAUGGGAGAGAGUGAGCGUGCAAGAAACAAAGGCAUACCUGCUACUCCCAGAGAUGGAGCAGCUGUGGAGAUAAUUGGUCUUAGUAAAUCAACCAUUCGCUGGAUUCUGGAACUACAUGCCAAAGGACUGUUUCCUUAUGAUGGAGCAAAAGUUCACAGAAAUGAUGCAGAGGAGUUGCGUCAGGAAGGGCAUCCAGUGGUGUAAAACUGUGCCAAACAAAUAUUUGUUCAUCAAAGAUGACACGCUGUGGCGACCAAAAACGGAACAAGCCG